UCUCGUGUGGCAGUAUACUGGAGGAAACAUCUGGGUCCAUCCUUCAGCAGAGCAAAGACUGAGGAGGGAAAAUAUGGUUCAGCAAUCAGGAAUGCAGCUAUGCUCAUGAACAGGUGCACCAGCCUGGCUUUCCUCCUCACACUCACUGUUGCAGAGGCCUUGCUCAGGCCUGAAAAUGUGACGAUGGAGGCGGUGAACACGCGGUACAUCCUGAGGUGGAACUGGGACCAGACGCAGGCAAACUACACCGUCAGGUUCACCGCUGGCUACACCUAUUCCAAUGAGAAGUCCUACAACUGGGUGUGCAACAGGACAGCAGAGAACCAAUGCGACUUCUCCUUCCAAAACCUAUACUACUGGGCCUGCUACACGGUACAGGUGCAAGCAGAGGGGCAGAGGGAAAGCUCCCAAUGGUACCCGCUGAAAUUCUGUCCCGAUGAGCACGCAUCGCUUGGCCCCCCACCCCACGUGGAGGUCAUCAGCAGGGAAGCCAUGCUGACGAUCAACAUCACAGAGCCGCUCACCAUCCACAAUGUCUCCAUGAGCUCCAUCAUGCCGCUCUCCUUCUGGGUGCAGUACUGGGAGAAGGAUGCUUCACAGCAGAAGUCUAAUAAGAAGCUGAAUACAUCAUGGGGAACUCUGACUCUCCUAAAGCCCUGGACAGAAUACUGUCUGAAGGUCUCUGCAUUCAACACAGACUACAAAAAGACUAGCCCUUUCACCAACAAACUGUGUGUACAGACUCGGGGCAGAGAAAAUCGCCUUUUCUGGAAAUUACUGCCGGGGUUAUUGAUCUUCUUGCUGCUGGUGAUGUCACCUGUCUAUUAUUACCGUAACACCAUCCAGAGCCCAUGUCUCCUCCCCAACCUGCCCAGCAGUAUCCAGGACCCCCUGCCAGCCGCCUCCCCCCUGCUGCAGCUCCAGGAGGAGAGCUGCCCGGUCCUGGCCGUGGUCGCCGUGCAGACGCCGCAGUGCCAGCCUGAAUUCGAGCAGCGAGAACUACUCCAGACCCAGAGGCAGGACAGCUCCGGGCAGGACUCCGGGAUCUGCUCCGGCGGGGAGGGCGAGGACAGCAGCCCGUAGUGGCCCGGCCGAGCUGUGAGAGCCGCCUACUGCAUCGGCACAGUGGGAGACCGCGUCGUCCCAGUGACUAAAUGCACAGACAGGUGACUGUCUCGCAGAUCCUUCGGUUUACUGCUGUAAAGCUGGAGGCUCUUCUGAUUCUCAGGAUACAGACAAACCCAAAGACCUCAUCUCCGCCCUUGAAUGAACAAAGUUGUGAGUAGUUAUCUGGCGACUAGUUUGCAGUGAUUGGGCUUGAAAGGUUGCAGAAGGAAAUGUCACAGAUGUGGAAUGCUCGAUAUUUGUUACAUGUUUGAAGAGGUCAGGUUUUUUCGUAAUAUGUGCAUGAAUGUGCGCGUGCGUGUGUGUGUGUGUGUGUGUGUGUG